AACAGCGGAGCUGGGUUGCAACAGGAGGUGGACUUUCAGAAAAGCGUGAGGGGCCGGCGGGAGGUGCCGGAGGAGCUCAGACCAGAAAGCGCAUUACGUGGAAGGUGAAAUGAACCUUCGGAAGCCCAUCGGGGAAAGAAUACAUGACCAAAGGACCAAGAGAACUGCAUGAUUGCUGGCCCCUGGCCGGCUAACGUGCAGAGAUGGGCCAGACCUCAGUCUCCACGCUGUCUGAACAACGUUCUAGUGUUGAUGGGCUGGAUAAGGCUUCCAUUGCAAACUCAGAUGGACCCACUACAGGUUCCCAGACACCUCCUUUCAAGAGAAAGGGUAAACUCUCUUCUAUAGGCAAGAUCUUUAAACCUUGGAAAUGGAGAAAAAAGAAGACCAGUGACAAAUUUAGAGAGACCUCAGCAGUGUUAGAAAGGAAGAUAUCCACAAGACAAAGUAGAGAGGAGCUGAUAAGAAGGGGAGUGCUUAAGGAAUUGCCUGAUCAAGAUGGAGAUGUAACUGUAAACUUUGAAAAUUCAAACGGGCACAUGAUACCCAUCGGAGAGGAGGCCACACAAGAGGAAAAUGUAGUAAAGUCUGAAGAAGGUAAUGGCUCUUUGUCUGAAAAAGCAACAACUGUGGAAGAAAAAGCAGAAGAUAAGAAAGAAAACCCAGAAAACCACUCUGAAACAUCGGCACACCUACUUCCAGCUCCUCCUAAGCCCAAGCCUAAACCUAAACCUAAAAAAACAGCUGCACCUCCAAAAGGGGCUGCUGCUGUACAGGCAAGCCACAAGGGUGAUGAAGCGCCACCCAGUAAAAAAACCACCAAGGCUCCUGGUAAGCAGCCCCCCAUCCCUCCACCCAAGCCGACAAGCCGAGGGCUGAACCGAGAAGUCGCUAGUUCCUCUCACUUGAAAAAAACAACUGUGUCCAAGUCAUCAUCUUCACCAUCAACUUCAACCACCUCAUCUCGUUCCAAAGCUUCCAAGGAGUCAACUUCCAGCAAAACAGCCGCAGCAGGGACUUCACGGAGCAAGAAAAAAGCAGGCAAACAAUUAACCCCCCGCCCACCUCCAGAAAGAGCUGUUUCUGCCACAUCCAACCUCAAGGGAGAGCCUUUAGAAACCAGAGUAGAAAAUCUGAAAUCAGAGGAGUCUCUCCCCAUUUCAGAAGGGCAGAAUACAGACCUACAGAAUAAGUCAGUAGUCCCUCCUCCACCUGUAGCACCACCUCCUUCUCCACCUACUCCUCCUGUUCCUCUGGAAAAUCAAUGCAUUAAUGUGUCUGAUAUUCCGGCUGUCACAGUUAGCAAUGGGGCCAGCCUACCUGUCUCUGCCUUAGACUCGAGUCAUCUCAAGACAGAAGAGUUCACAGACAGAACCACUCUUCCUUCAGAUACCGGCUUGGGUGUUAACAGAGAAAACACAAAAUGUCUGACAACCAAAGAAGAGCUGAUGAAGGAUGCACCCCAGUUAAUGAUUCCUGUUUUGAUGGGCGAGUCUUCUGAAUCUCUCAGCAGCACAGAGGUUGAAGUUCAAAGAGAGAACCAAGCUAAUGAUUCUGAUUCAGAUGGUCCUAUUCUGUACACUGAUGAUGAUGAGGAGGAAGAGGAUGAGGAUGACAGUGGUGAAAGUGCUUUGGCAAGUAAAAUACGUCGCAGGGAUACCCUGGCCAUCAAACUUGGCAACAGACCAUCCAAGAAAGAAUUGGAAGACAAGAAUAUCUUGCAGCGAACCUCUGAAGAGGAGAGGCAGGAAAUUCGACAACAGAUUGGAACAAAGCUAGUCAGGCGAUUAAGCCAGAGGCCGACGAGUGAAGAACUCGAGCAAAGAAAUAUCCUAAAACAAAAAAAUGAAGAAGAAGAACAAGAAGCAAAAAUGGAACUGAGACGCAGACUCAGCAGAAAGCUCAGUUUGAGACCAACAGUGGCAGAGCUACAAGCAAGAAGGAUUCUUCGGUUUAAUGAGUAUGUCGAGGUCACUGAUUCUCCUGACUACGACCGCCGAGCAGACAAGCCCUGGGCCCGACUAACACCUGCGGAUAAGGCAGCAAUAAGGAAAGAGUUAAAUGAAUUUAAAAGUACAGAAAUGGAAGUCCAUGAAGAGAGUCGACAGUUUACAAGGUUUCAUCGCCCCUAAUGAAAUGCAAGACUAUUAUGAAUCAAUCAUUUGAUAACCUUUGGGGAAAGCACUGUUUCCUGAAGACUUGAGAUUGCACUGGAAUUUGAAUGUGUGUGUGUUGCAACUUAACCUGUGAUAAAGAAAGUGGCCCUUGGUUUUAUUGGAGAAGAACUCCUCCCCUUUUAUUGGAGAGCUCUGAUACAGGGCAAAGGAAAAAGAGAAAGACACAGUGAUCCUUUUUGUCCAGCAAGUGUUGAUGGUAAGAGAUACUCUGCUUCAGCCAUGAACAUCUCACAUGGCUAAACAGACUUUUAUUCAUUAGAAUUUUGACCAAGGAAGAUAAGCAGAAGACAAUCAUGGGCUUCCUUUUUUCAGGAAUACAGAGUUUUAUGGUAAUCAAGGAAAAUAUGGAGUAGGAUUAUAAGGCACUGGGAAUCAAGGUGGAAAAGGAAAAAAAAUAAGUACUUCAACUUAGUAAAGAGAAAUCAGACAAACUAAAGAUAAAAUGUAUUUUUUUGAUAUAAGAAUUUGUUGGGUAAGAAUGAUCACCCAAGAAGGGUUUACAAGUAUGACUACCUAAUGAUUCAGAUCUGUACCAGGAAGACUAUUCAUAUUUCAUUAUUACUUUAGUAAAAAACAGUAGUUUUCAUUUAUUUGGUGCCAGUGAACCCAGUUGCCAGGAAUGAGUCUGAGUGUUUUCAUACAUAUUUUUCAUAAAUGCAAGAGGCUUGCACAGACUCUAACAAGCAUGCUUAAAGAAACAAUGUUGCAUGCUCAAGUAGCAAAACUAAAUAUGCUUUACAUAUUUUUAUACUCUUACUCAAUGUACCUUCCAUGAUGUUAGAAUUACAGGAGUGGGAGUAAAGUAGGAAAUAAUGUGAUUCUAUAGGACUGCAGCAAGUUUAGAAACAGACUGUAUGGCCUUUUUCUCAAGCUAUUAUCUCACAAGUGAGAUUACCCUAAAUAUGAAGAAAAAUAAUUGACAAUCAUGAUACCAUUUUAAUUUUGAACCCAAAGUCAAAACUUAAGUGCAUUGCAGGUGUCCUGCCUGUAAUUAGUUUUGAACAGAAAUUAUCAGGAUUGUAGUUUUUAUUUAUUUAUUUUUAUUAGUUUAAAUGCUGCAUUAUUUGGUAUCUUUGAAAUGCUGCUACAAAGAAAAAUGUGUGGAUUGCUAAGUACUCAGCAAGAGACUUUAAAACUUCACAUAAAAUCUGUUAUGUUGUGUAUAAAAUACCUAAUCUCAUUUAAUAAUUUGUAAAAAUGUAUCUCUGAGUAUUGUAUUAACUAUCAAAGCAAAAUGAUCAGUAAGACUGGAGAUUGGAGAAAAAAAUAUGAUUUUCUUAUGUUGGUCAAAGAUAAGUUCAGUAUUGUUUACACUAAGGUAUCCUCUAUUGUCUUACUUGCCAACACUUCCCAUUGAGUGUGUGCAUUAUGUGACUUCUCUGCUCCCAAAUACCUGUAACCAUAAGAGAGGUUUUAAUUCUUUUGCUUAAAAUCACUUUUAAAUGUGUGUAAAUACUAUAGUAUGUUUAAUACUAAUUUGUAUACCCCUUUUAUUUUUUUCUAAUACAUAAAUAAUAUUGAUAUAAGGCAAGGUCUAUGUGGGGUUUUCUCUCUUCCCUCAGAUCUUGAGCUGGAUUUUCCUGAAUGUCCUUGGUUAGUAAUAUUGAAGAUUAUAAUUUUACAUUUCAGAAACAAGCAUGAAAUCUGGUAGCUAAAUUUAGAUCCUACUAUUUAUUGAUAUUUUCAAGAACAGCUAACUAGAGAGUUUGGAGGUGAUUUUUACAAAAUAUAUUUAAGCAUCAGCUAACUCUUUUUAUUUUAAGCUACACAGUCGUUUGUUCAUGUUCUGUAUGAAGCCUGCACAAUCUGUGGCCAGCAGGCCACUUGCCACACAACAAAGGAUUUUGGGUGGCCUAUGAAAAAUAUAGAGGAAAACAUCCUUUACAUUUUUUGCAGGCCACCCAAAAUCUUUUGGCAUACAGUCCACGGGCUGCAGGUUGUACAGGCCUGGCUUUUUCAGUUGACUGAAGAAUUAAGAUUCUGUCAGAAUUCCAUAAAACAUUCAGAACCUCUUAGUUCUAUAGCAGAAACAACCAGUACCAUUCUGCAGCCAAUAAAAGUGAGCAUCCCUGUUUCAUCCCUUGAUGUAAUGAAUUAAUAACAGAAUCAAUCUAGAUUCUGAAGUGCUAUCCUUUUAUAAGUAUUAAAAGACAUGUUGCAUUGAGGAAAUGAUGAAAAUAUGGUCCUUCUGCAUGUACAAAUGCUUUUGACUUAGUUUUGUCAAUUUCUAUAGCAAUUUCUAAACAGCCAUAGAAAUUAAUUCUGGACUAAGAUGUGGCAACAUGAUUUUCUUUCAUAUCAUGUUGUUUUUUCAACUUAAAAAAAUACCAAAGAAUAUACUGUUUAACAUUUUUAUAUUUAAACUUUGCAACCUUUAAAAAAAAUCAUGAUUACCAAUAAUCAAGCCCCUAUGUAAAUAAUGAAAGACAGAUGUUUAUAUCAACUUUUCACACAGGUGAUAUGUCAUAGAAUGUUCACUGUUUGGCUGAUUAAAAAAAAAGAACUCUUGUCAGUAAAUAUGGUGUGCUAUCUAGUUUUUUUCUGUUCUAUAUUGAAAUGCACACAGAUUAGGAAAAAAGCUAGUCAUCUGAGUAAAUUAUAUACUGUAUAUCACUAUGUGCUUAGAUUUAUAAACUGCAUAUAAUCUUUAAUUGUAGUGACUAUUGUGGAGGAAAGCCUGAAGGAUUGAAAAGUUCACCAAGAUAGGUCCUAAUGUGGUAUUUAUGUGACUAGAACCUCUGUUCAUUUUACUAGGGUUUCUUCGUGUUAAAAGUCAAAAAAGGAACCAGUUACAACAGCCUGUGUCCUCAUGGAAAACCCCUAGAAGAUAGCUUUUCUAUUUCAAAUUGUUAUAUGACUCUUGGAUUUCCAAGAGAUUUCUUUAGGAUGACACAGUCUAAAUAAUUACUGAAUGGGGGCCAGGGCUGGGAUGACAGGAAAAAUUGGCCAUUUCUUUUAAAUUAUAUAAAAGCUGAAUAUAAGGUAUACAGUUAUCCUUUUUAGGUUAGUGCUCAACCAAACCUGAAUUUUUAACAAACUUGAUCAGCAAUUGAAAAAAAAAACCUAAAUUACAUCAAAUGGACCCAGUUUUAACCAACUAAAAUUUUGAGGUUUUAUCACUUAACGUAAAACAGCCAUUCUAGAACUGUUAGUUGUAGAUGUUCAGUUGAACUAUAUGACAGCAUGACCAAUCUGAUUCUUUCUGAAAAGUUCACAGAUCAGUAUCACUUAAUGUGUGAUAAUUUUCUUUAGUCAGAAAUCCAAGAUGAUCACAUCAGGAAUACUGUUGUCCUUUUGUUUCUUAUAUUUAUAUAUGAACUAAAUCUGAUCCUAACUUACUAAAUUCUAUGAAAUGGCUCAAGGUGUAAUUUGGAUUUAUUGUUUAUUUACUUUUAUGUGAAUUUAGAAACGUUAUUUAUAUGAAAUAUAAUAUAAAAUCCCCAAUUAACUAGCAGAAAUAUUUUGGCUACUCAGAUAAUUCAAGUGAAAAACAUUAUAAAGUAUCUAACUCUUUAACUAUCAGGAUUAAGUUUUUACUUUCACUGUCUCUUUCUUUUUUCGAAUGAACGAACGAACGAAAAGCAUUUAAGUUCUUACCAUGUGCCAAGCACUGUGCUAAGCAUAUUAAUAACACCCACUAUAAUAGGGAAAACACAUUAUCUCAGCAUUAGUUUGAUUUCGACUACAGAUGAGUAUAUUGUAAGAAAAUAUCAGAAGCACUGAAUAUACAAUAAGAAUCACUAAAUAUUGUAAAUAAGAGAUUAAACUCCCUAAAGAGUUAAGGCUCGUAAACUUCUAGUUAAUUCUGUCCUGCAUCAGCACUUUUUGUAAUAAUGGCUUAUAAUGAAGAUGUGAGCAUUAAUACUGCAUUUUCUAGUGUAUUGUCACAGUAUCAUAUAAAGUGUUAAUAGCCAUUUUACUUGUCUUUUAUGGAGUUAGAUUUAUACAUCUACCAGAAAUUAGCAUUAUCCUAUGCAGGAUAGAAAAAUAAACAUUGUUUCGCAGCUAUAGAGACAUGUCUACACUUAUUAAAACAGUAGUUCUCUUCCUACAUUUUUCAUUCUUGAAAACCAAUUCAAAAGCAUGUAAAGUUAUUAUUCUUUAAUUGAUGGUAGCAAAUUUUGCACAGUUCCAAAUCUUGUGCCUAAGCAACAUAAUGGUUAUAUCACACCCUGUGCAAAAUGUAUAGGUCUUUUCUGCUUUUAUACAGCAUGGUCUCAAAUUCCCCAAAUUUACAUUCUGGGCAUGAUUAUUACCACAAUCAAAAAGUCAUUAAAUUGAGAGGCCUAAUCCUACUGAUUAAACUGCCUACUUUAGAAAAUGAAUUAAUUCUUUUAGAACAUUAGGGCACCUAUUGGGUGCUGAGGAAUAACUUAGGUUGCCAUGAAUUUUCUAAGUUGUAUCCUGCUGUCUGCUUCAAGCCAAGGCAUUCCACUAUGACAAUUCCUGAUGAGAAACUAAGAGAUUUUAUUUUAGUGUGGUAUUUCCUUCUGCAAACCAACGCUUUUAUUUUUUUAAAGGCAUUUGGGGAGUGGGGUGGGAAAUAAUUUCACCUCACAUGGGAUUUAAUGCAUGGUAAGUCUCACUCUAUUUGUUGUCUUGUCUGUAGGACCAAACAUUCUAGUCUGCCUAUAUAUUAUGAUUUGAAGGAGUAGGAGACAGACAUCCUUUACCCAAAUAAAGUAGCCACUGUCAUUCCUUCCA